UGGAGACAGUUACAAGGAACAAGAUUUGCUCUCGGAUUUGAAAAGAAAAAGAGACCUUCUGUACCGAAUUUAAUUUGGUACAAAAUGCCUCCGACUCUCUUCCAGAAACUUUUCAACAAGAGAAAUGCGUUUUCUUCGCCGCCCCCGAGAUGUAGCAAAGAGGACCCCGCUUUCAGCUGGCCAAUCCCCCAGCUGGAGCCCAGUCAGAUCAGGUUGAUAGUGUACCAGGACUGUGAGAGGCGCGGCAGAAAUGUCCUCUUCGACUCCAACGCCAAAAAGAGGGGCACGGAGGAAACCCCGAUCACAAGCACGGAGGGCCAGGUGAAGAUGUUUGGGAAAUGCUGCCAGCUCCGUCCUACCGGAGGCAGCAGCAGCUCCCUGGACAGCUCGUCCUCCUGCACCUCAGAAACCAAGGAAACAAAGGAGCAGGGCCUCCGCUUCCAGGGUUCGAGGUGUUCGUCUGAUGUGGUAAUGCUCGGGGAAAUGAUGUUUGGCUCUGUUGCUAUGAGCUACAAAGGUUCCACGCUAAAAAUCCACCAGAUCAGAUCACCGCCUCAGCUGAUGCUGAGUAAGGUCUUCACAGCCAGGACGGGAGGCAGUGUGUACGGCAGCCUCAACACGUUACAGGACAGCCUAGAGUUCAUUGGACAGGACAGCAACACCCUAAGGCCUGAUCAGAACACCGGGCCCCACAGUCUUCUAGGGAACAUAGGAUUUUCUCAGCUCUGCAGCCCUCGACGGGCCUUCUCUGAACAGGGCCCUCUGCGCCUCAUCAAGAGCGCAUCUUUCUUUUCAGGCCACAGUCACCCCAUGGACAUGCCUGGCCGAGGGCUUUACGACGAGAGGGACAGUGGCAUCGCCAGGUCAGCGUCUCUGAGCAGCCUGUUGAUCACUCCCUUCCCGUCUCCGGGCUCCUCCCUGACCAGCAGCUGUGCGUCCAGUUACCAACGCCGAUGGCUCCGCAGCCAAACCACCAGCCUGGAGAACGGCGUCUUCCCCCGAUGGUCAGUCGAGGAGAGCUUCAACAUGUCUGACGAAAGCGGUGGACCAAGCCUUGGCGUGGCUCGGAAGAAGAAGAUUGCCAUCGGGGUCAUCUUCAUGCUGUCCCCCAACCUUGAGGAGAACAACCGCUUCCAGGAUUUCUUUUUCUCCCACUUCCCUCUCUUUGAAAGCCACAUGAACAAGCUCAAGAGCGCUAUCGAACAGGCCAUGAAGAUGAGUCGACGGUCAGCUGAUGCCAGCCAGAGAGCCUUGGCUUACAGUCGAAUGGUGGACGGACUGAACGAGUUCAGGAUGACCAUCUGCGACCUCUACACCAUGCCCCGAGUGGCUGAGCCUGUCUGGUUGACUAUGAUGUCUGGAGCGUCGGAGAAGAACCAGCUCUGCGGUCACUUCAUGAGGGAGCUCUCCCUGCUGAUGGAGCAGGCCUCCAAGAACCAAUUCCUCCCCGCAUUAUUGACCGCCGUCCUCACCAAUCAUCUGGCCUGGGUGCCCACUGUCAUGCCCAACGGGCAGCCCCCAAUCAAGAUCUUCUUGGAGAAACACUCUUCCAAGAGCGUUGACAUGCUGGCAAAGACGCACCCCUACAACCCACUCUGGGCACAGCUAGGAGACCUGUACGGGUCCAUUGGGUCACCGGUGCGGCUAUCAAGGACAGUGGUGGUAGGCCGCAGACAGGAGCUGGUCCAGAGACUCCUCUACGUCCUCACCUACUUCAUCCGCUGCUCUGAGCUGCUAGAGACCCACAUGCUGGACAGCGCUGAGGAUGAGGCCAUUGUCAUGCCCGGCUCCCUUAUCACCACCUCCCUAAGGAAAGGAGAGGUGGAGGAGUCGGACUAUGUCCUGGUUACUGUCCAUAAACCCAGCGGGGACUACUUGUCUCAAGGGGCUCACGGCCGGCAGACUGACGCGGAGGACAGCAGCUACCCUUCAGACAAUAGCCUCCAGAGCAGCACAUACACAGACACAGAAGUGGAGCAUGGUGCUGGGGACACACCCAAGGAGGAAGAUGAGGAGGAGGAGGAGGAGGAGGAGGAGGAGGAAGAGGAGGAGGAGGACAGCAGUGAGAGUCAAGGGUCCAGGAGCAGUGUGCUUCAGUCAGGACACAGUCAGGGUAACAACCCUAUUAUCAGGACUACAGAAGCAGCUGAACCUGGGGAGAUGCGUAGGGAGUCUAGCAGCCCACUGGCCACAGAGGCCAGACUGGAGACGGUGCUGCGUGUUGGCUCGGCAUCCCCUAGAGAGCAGGUCUGUGUGCUGGAUACAGAGACCAAGGGAGACCUGAAACUUAUUGUCCCAUCCAUACCCGCAACACUUACAUCAAGUCCAUCCCCGACACCUUUGACCACAGAGAGUAAAAACUCUUGGGCAGAGACUGGGAUGGACGCAGGUACGGGGAACCAGCCCACCAGAGUGCUGGGUCCUCGACCGUUGGGGAUCCCUCUAGAGAAGAAGCCCCCAGAUAAGAACCUGGCUGCUGCAGUGCCAGUGCCAGUGAUACCAGGAAACACUGUGACGGGGCCCAUGGCUUUGACUCUAACAGAAGAAGAGGAGCCAGCAACAAAAGUCACUUUCCUCAUUGGAGACUCCAUGUCCCCUGAGUCGGACACAGAGAGCCGCAGGAGAAAGAUGGAUGAGGAAAUUAAAAAGUUCAAGAAACACCAGCAGCUGUUCCCAAUGCAGCAGCAACAACAGCAUCAUCACGGGCAACAUUAUCAACAGCAACCGCAGCAGCUGCUGAGAGGAGCAGAUUCAAAGACCAGCAACACUAGUGCAACAGAGGACCAAACCAAACAGACCAAGGUGGCUCCAGCCCUACAGCGGGUGUCCAGUAAAAUGCCCCAGUGGAGUCAAAACUGUAUGGACGAUUUUGAUGAGUAUUUCAGCCUGGAGAACCCUGUGGAGACUAGGACUAUAGACGACUUGGCUAAACAACAGGAGGCCAGCUCCACAUGCAGUAUACACAAAGACUUGCUAGACCCCUCGGGAGUCCCCCAGUCUGGUGAGCUGGGGAGUCACAGUUUUCAGAGUGCGGGUCGGGGUCAAGGUUUGGGACUCUGUUUAGGUUCAGGUAGUGGAGAGGUUGGGUCCAGCACCAAGGGAGACUCUUUGUUGGAUGCCCAGAGGAGGUGCAGGUGUGGGUCUACAGAUUCCUCUGACACCUGCUGUUGCAGGGGCUGUUCUGCUGAGCAGGACAAGGGUCCUCUGUUGUCAGUCCCCAUCCCACAGGAUGGGAGCAUCAACAGCAAAGAGGACCAAAAGCGUAAAGCGGUGCCUGUCAACGACUGGGAGAUACCGCGCAACGAGAGCUCAGACAGCGCGCUGGGGGACAGUGAGAGCGAGGAAACCGAGGACUGGCAGGAGGAAGUGCUGGUGCCCUUCCCGGGGUCAAAGUUGGUGGAGAACUUCUCAAAGCCAAGCAUUGCCAAUUUUGGCCGGUCUCUGUUUGGAGGCUACUGCCCCACCUAUGUGCCAGACUUUGUACUGCAUGGGUUGCCCAGCGAUGAUAAGCUACGGCAGAGCCUCAUGGCUGAAUUAACCCAUGCUGUUCAGCAUCCAGUACUGGAUGAGCCCAUAGCGGAAGCCGUCUGCAUUGUAGCAGACACAGACAAGUGGACAGUGCAGGUGGCCAGCAGUCAGAGACGAGCCACGGACGUCAACAAGCUGGGGAAGGAAGUCCUGGUGUCCAGCCUGGUGUCCAGCUUAUUGCAGUCCACUCACCAGCUCUACAAACUCAACCUCUCACCCAACUUUUGUAUAAUGCACCUUGAGGACCGCCUGCAGGAAAUCUACUUCAAGAGUAAGAUGCUUGCUGAGUAUUUGAAGGGCCAGACAAGAGUCCAUGUGAAAGAACUGGGCAUGGUCUUAGGAAUUGAGUCCAGCGACCUCCCCCUGUUGGCCGCAGUGGCCAGCACUCACUCCCCCUACGUGGCCCAGAUCCUACUAUGAGACUAUAAUGGCACUGAGGUCCCAAGCAGCGAGCUGCCUGAGGAAGCCAGUCAGACCUGGCUGGUGCCUCUCUGGCCCCAAAAUCCUCUGGCCGUCCAUGCUUCGCAGCUGACCCCCCCCCUCCCCCUCCCCCUCCCAACAUGGUUUCCUGACCUGCGUGCCUGGGCCAAGCGGCAUCUUUGCUUCGAGCCUGAGCAGUGCACGUCUUUCACGGACCACAGCUACAGCCAGCGCCUCCGCUCACCACCACCACUGCUGCUGAAUUUGGUGCAAUAAUGCUGUUGCACCACAGGGGGGAGCUAGAGACCACAGUCCCACAGAUGGAGCGAGGCUCUGCGGAUGACUGAAGUAUCCCUGACGUGACCUUUCUUCAGUUGUUUGAAUGUUUCUUUUAAAACAGGACUCUUUUAUUUUUGGACACAAAAGCCAAAGACUUUAUAAUGUUUUUUUUUCCCAGAUGAGAAUAAAACUUUAAGGAUAUCUACAGUAUAACAACAAUGGACUUUGUUUCUUCUACUACUUUUUUUUUUUUCUCUGUACAAUCUUAAACCCAGUCGUACGAAGUGACGGACUACAUUUUAAAGGAAACCGAUGGACAUUUUUAAACAUUGCUUUGACGUAAAUAUCAUUGAGAACUUUAUCAAUCUCAUGCCAACUAUGUUAUUUCAUUUAUCUUCAUGUGUUUGUUUACAAGCCAAAUUUUCCCUGAGAUAUCUCAAUGACACAUUUUAUUUUCUCGUCAAAUUGCAAUGCACGCCUGACUUAAAAGCCUAUUUUCUGGCCACAUGGGGGUAAUCGAUGCACACCAUGAUUUUUGGUUUGACAAACGGGUUUUGAGACGGCUAAAAGUGGCUUUGACAUUCUUAUCAUAGGUACAGCACUACCUCAGAUCUUCAUGUGGGCUGUGGAUGACACACAUUUACAGUCGCCCCAUAGGAAACCCUGAGGUAUAGUUUUUAACAUGUUUAAUCAGAGGAAUGUCAGCGUCAGCUGUGAGCAGACUCUAUGCUGUGUUCUUUGGGAAAAAAAGAAAAAAAAGAAGAAGGGAAGGUUGUUAAAUUCCUUAAAGAUGAUCGUUACACAUAUUUUUGCUUCAGAAUGUGAUCAAGGGAGGAGAAGGGUCCCUUUCUACUGUGGAAAAGCUAAAACACGCAUCAUCUACGUAUAUAUAUUUUAAAACCAAAAUGCUGAAAUAUUUUCACACUUUUAUAGCUUCGCCACCUUUUUACGAUGUUUACGGCUUCGAUGUUUGCUGCAGAGAGACGAGAGGGGGAACACAGGAGGCCUUACAGCGGAUUGAAAUGUGUAUCGGUUAACACUAUUUUCAAACAUGUUUCUACGACGGUUAUUCUCACUAAAACACACAAAGUACAAAACUAUGGUAGCACACUUUUUAUUCCCUUUUGUGUUCUGUUUGGUUUUCCAUGACAGUGACAGAUGAUUUUGGUUGUUAAGCCAUAUAGCCAGGGUGCGAUUUGCUGAGCAUAAGAAAGGGAGGAUCAGUUGUUUUCACAGCUUCUGUUUUUUGAUUCUUUCCUGGGCAUAAAGUGUUCGCUGCAGAGGGGCCAAUAGGAAAGUAUGUCAUUGUUAUUAUUGCUUUUAUGUCAUCAGUUGACGGCAUUGGAAAUGAAUCUAUAUUUACAUUGUUUAAUUGCAGACAGUAGGUUGACAUGAGUUAAAAAUCAAACAUGGGAAGGAACUGAAAUUUAAAUAUAUACGCUGAUCCGUGCAGCACUUUACAAAACUGUGCUUUUAGCCCAGCAAAUUUAUAUUGAUAGCAAGAGAAGGUUUGAAGGUUUGAUUUAGCCAGCAGCCAACUCAAUAAAUGGUUUCUGGAAAGAAAUGUUCACAAAUUUAAAAAGAAUCCUCCUUAAAAAUUGGAGUGCGUCUCAGGCUUGAGCCUGUUGAUGGCUGAGAAUGGCUUGUAUUGUGUAAAAAAAGCAGGACUAACCCUGCAGUGUAAGUUUCCUUCCAUACACUCAAAUCGCACCCUGUAUAUGACCCAAGUCUUAACGGAGAUGUGGCAUGAAUGCAUCACAAGCUUCUGGAGAUCUCAUUUUUGCUGGUAAAAUUGAUAUAAACGUGCUUGUUACUGCAUUGAAGAUGCUCCGCUGUAUCAGCCUACAUUUUGUACAACCCAGCCAUGAUGUUUAAAAAAAGGUAUGAAUUUAUAUCUGCUUCUCCGGCUUUGUAUAUGAGUAAAUUAUUCAGUUGCCCAUGGUAUGUGUAACGGUUCAUGUAGACUGUACAUACUGUUUAUUUCCAUGUAUUUGUACAGAAUGUCUUUUAAGAAUUGUCUCCUCAGAUUAUUUUUUCCCAAUUUUAUGGGAAUGUUGUGCAAUAAAGAUGCCGAUGGUAAGAAUUUA